AUGACUGGGGAUUUCUUCAAGUAUAAAAUUAUGUAAUAAUACAUCUCCCGACAUCUCAACACCCCUUUCAAUAAUAUCGGACUCGGCAAGCGACAUCAAACAAACAAUUGCAGCAACCUCGCCCAGCCACGCCAGGCUGACAUUUGGCGAUCGUACGGGGCCAACGUUGCGCCCCGCAAAUGCAAAUUCGCACCAAUCCAUCCUAUCACAGCGAGCAAUCGGGGAGAAUCCCCCCUUUUAUUCUCGAGCUUAUCCCCUUUGGUCUGAUGAGCUUCGCCUCCAAGUUUUAAAAUAAACCCGCAUGGGGGCUGAAGUGCUUGAGGUGUACUCCGUAUAUUCACCGCAUCGGCGCCUACUCUCCUUUUCUUUUAUUGUCGUCUGCCAGAUCGUUUGCUUCACAAUUCAUUCUCUGCUCUAAGCGGUCUUCUCUUGCCGUGUCGAUUCAACGCCGUUCCAUUUCACGGUCCCUACCUACCCUUCGUCCAAUAUGCGUUACUCCUUCAUCACCACGGGCUUUUUGGCAGCGGCCUCUGCCGUUUCAGCUGCUGAUAAUCGGUGUGGUCAACUCAGCGUCAAGGAAUUGGUCGCUAGCAAUCCAUGUGGUGACCAGGCUCAGAUCUCAGAAUGUCUCAACAAAGUCAAUGUGCUCAAGUUGGAUGAGGUGUUUCCAUGUUUUGUGGACAGUGGUUGCUCUGAACACGAUGCCACUUUCUUCGUGGCCGGUUGCACAUCAACACAUGCCAGCCCACGACCGGAUUUGAAGAGAAAUGAGGCUAUUCCAACUGGAAAUGGUGGAAAACGGGCUGAAGUUAUGCCCCGUCAAGCCCAAACCACUGCAGCACCAACUGGAGCUGCGCAACCUGUAGGCGCCAAAGACGGUCCUGGCCCUCUCACAAAUUGUUCUACCACAUGUACGUCCUGCUCCCUUCGCACCCUGCUUGGAUCCAUUGCUGACUCUGUUCUUUCGCAGAUACCACUUCCGUGGAGGUGUGUGUGACCAGUACCAAUACCGCUGGCCUUGUCGUUGGCUCGCAGUGCUCCCAGGGAGCGAUUACCACCUCCUCUUGCCACCCUGCCAUGAUCUGCUUUGCCGACGCUUCAGAUAACGCGCUCCGAGUCUGCAUGAUCCGAAAAGAUGACCUUUCCACUGGUGGUCUCGUCGUUUCCCUCGCGUUCUCCAUCGCCCUCGUUGGCACCAUUGGAUCCCUUUUCGCUAUGUCCCGAAUCGAAAAGAGCAAGGCGAAGAGAGAGGCCCGAGAGCGUGCAGCACUACUCGGAGGUGACAAGAGCGCGAUGGAGGACGUCGAAACUGCGAAGCCAUACAGAAUUGGAGGUGGAGGGGAGAGCAACGACAACGAGGCAGAUAUUUCGUCGAUUCCAUCUAAUGCUCCUAAGAUCAAGCUUCACAAGGGAAUUGAUGGAUUGGAACAACAGGGUGGUGCCGGCGGCCAACAUUGGUCUAACGAUUAUGCUGCUCAGGGCGGUGCGGGCAACAGAUUGUAG